AUGCAGUCACAAAAUAAUGUAAAUCUGGGGAGAUCGGAUAACCCCACCGCGUCGGGAUCGCAUAACUCUCGCGUGCAGGAUUUGGUACCUGGGUCCUGUUCGACAAGUAUGCCACAGAACAACAGAAAUAGAACACCUUUGCAGUCCGGUGAACAGCAUAUACAUUCCGAUAUAGCUCUUACCGUGGCUGGCAGACCACGACAGCGCAGAAAAUGGACUAAUACUAUAAAUGAAGAUUUAUUACGCGCCUACUAUAUAGCUACAAACAAUGAAAGAGAUAUGACAGCAUAUCGAACUACACUACAUACAAUAUUCGUUGGGCACCAUCCGGACUAUAAUGUAUCCGAACAGCGACUAGCAGAUCAAGUACGGGUUAUUCAUAGAAACAAUCUUAUACCAGAAUCAAGACGAAACGCUAUCAAAGAAUCGGUUGCCGAAGUAAGUAAUGAUCAAUCGACAGAAACUGCAGAAAAUGAGCAAGUGCAAUUUGAAUCAACUAAUACUUCUACAAACGUACAUGUACCAGGAACACGUAAUAAUGUAAAUACGAUAGAAGUGGAAAAUGAACAACCACCUCCUGCUUUAAAUGUAAAUUUAAUUGAUGUCGAUGAAACCACGGAUCAGCAGGAAGAUGUAAGUAAUGAACAAAUGAGACUUAGAAGUAGUCAGCAUAGCUUAAAUGAGAUUUUUGAACAACAAUUUGACAUUUACAGUAACCUUAACCCUCUUUUAAGGCCACGCAUUCCGAAAAUUAAUACUAGUAAGAAGCUAAGUUUUCUUAUUGAAACACUUAACAAUGAUGCGAUCCUGACAAAACUGAACAAUGUGAGCAAUUUGCAAGAAUUACAUACUAUUGUAUAUGUAUCAGCUAUAACAAUUGCUACUACAAUGGGAUGCAAGAUAGGACAACCCAGAGAUGGACCACGAAGAGCUGCAAUUUAUGGAAAUAAGAGUAAUACGCUACGAAGAAUACAAAUUAAAAUUGAUCAUUUAAGAGGAGACUUAGAAAGAAUAAAUAAGUACAUUGAAGGUAAUCCUACAAGAAGACUUAAAAACAGGAUCAAUAAGAUAUUAAAAACAUACAAUCUUCACACACGCUACGAAACAAAUCACACGAAUAUUAUUAACACAAGAGACACUAUAAAACAGAAACUAUGUGUACAAGUAGCGAGACAGCGUAAAUACAAGUUGUCGAAUCAAAGACGAGAAAACAAUAGACUCUUUAACAACAACGAAAAGCAAUUCUAUAGAAAAAUACGAUCCAAUGCCAAUACGUCAGACGACGUAUAUCCAAGUAAGAAUAGUGCAGAAAAUUACUGGAGUUCACUGUGGUCCAAUACACAAAAACAUAAUGAAUCCGCUCUUUGGAUUGAAAAAGAGAAAGAGAAAUAUCAAGAAAAAAAAAUGUCAACUUGUUUAAUUACAUGUGAUCAGGUCAAACGAAUUAUAGCAAAAACACACAACUGGAAAUCUCCUGGACCAGAUCACAUACAAAACUUUUG